AUGGCGAACCGUGUCUCGGCAUCACAUAGUAGAAAUAAUCCUAAUCAAAAUACUUCAUCGUCAAAUAAUCGCUCAAGUCGUUCGACACUUACUACACAUACGUAUGCAUCCACUAAUACAUAUAAUACCGAACCAACGUACACAACAACACGUAUAACAGGUGAUCCUCGAACUCUUCAUUCAUAUUAUCUCACCUCAUCGAAUUAUCGACCACCAUCGACGAGUCCAGUCAAUUCCUUGACUCGUCGCCAUCAUCAUCAUGAAUAUGAACCUUCAUAUCCGUCUAUUUCCCGUUAUCGUACACCCUCAUCUUCAUCACCCUACCGCAAAACGCAUUACUUAGAUGAUUCUGAUGAAGAAAUAAUCAAUGAAGAAAUACUUGAAAUCACUGAUCUCAAUCAUUACCCAACAUUAAUCGAACGUUGGGGUGAUGACACGAAAACUGUUGUUCGACAAGAAGGGGAAUUGAAAAUCGAAGAUUUUGUUGAAUUUGAAGAAACUGAACCGACUGUUGUCGAAGAAAUACUCUACGAACUUGUUUAUUCUGGUGAUAACUUGAAAACCUGUCGUCAACUCCAUCGUUCUCGUUCCGAAUCGCGAAACUUUCGCAAAAUUAAAAAGCGCCGCACCAAACGAAAAGUUCACCCGAAUGACGAUUCAUCUUACAUAACUUCACAAGCAACAUCGAGAGAUACAAGCGGUACACGUUCACCAUAUUACAAUGAUAGUCAAUACAGUCCUGAUCGUUCAUCCACACCCACCCAAUCUGUUUUGUCAACAUCCUGGCAAUCAACAGGAUUUACAUCGACAGACAGAUCAAAUGAACUACCUCUCCGCAGUCAAUCUCAUGAAGGCAAUUAUGUUAAUAAAGUCCCAGUGAAUGAAUAUCAAACAUAUCCACGCACAACAAUCACGCAGAACAAUAUACAAUAUGAAACAUUCGAAACAGACAAUAACGAUAAACAAAAGAUCCACCUGGUUGAUGAAAUGCGAUAUAUAUCAAAUCAAAUUGAUACGUUAAUUACAGCUGAUGAUGAUGAUGGUUUAAUUGAAAAUGACAAAUACACACCUAUCAUUAAUGAAAAGCGAGGAAUCACUCAAAUAACACUUGCACCGACAACUGCCGAUAGAACUGAUGACCGUGUACAACUUGAUCUACAUUCAAUCGAUACAAAUGAACUUCUACCGUCAAAAGGAAACGAUCAAUUUAGAACAACUUUUCCACCAACAGACGACAAAGAACAAUCAAGGAUAAAUAUUAUCGAGCAAACAUCUCUACCGAAAGAAAUCAGUCGUCAACAAAUUUAUUCAACUGGUAAUGAAAAACAAAUCAAUGACACAAUUUCAACAAAAUAUGAUGAAUCGGAAAAGGAGGAUGAGGACCAAUCAAGUACAACUGGACCGACCGUACAAGAAAAUGAAAAAGAUGGUCAAAGAACGGGAAAAGAUACUGAUGAGGAUGCUUCUUUUUCCGAAGGUGAACAAUUCUCAUUGAACUCUGCCAAGUCAGAUACACAUCAACAGGCACGACAUGCGAUAACAGAUCAAUUUCAUGCAUCACCUCUAACUUCAUCAGCAAUAAUUAAAGAUGAAAACAAAACCAUUGAUGAAACAAAACAGUACCUCAUCGAUGAACUCAAUGACAUCGAAUCUCAAUUGAAAUCCCUUGAAUCUGAAGAAGAACAACUACGAAACAUUCUCGAUCGAAAGGACACGGAAGAACUGUUUCCUAGCGAUGAUCAGUCGGAAUCUGUUGAAACUUUUUCAUCGAAUGUACCUGAAAAGACCGUUUUGUCAGUGACAAUCGAUGAUGAUGACAGCAAUGAAUCAAUUCAAGAGAGUGAAGAAGAUCUUCGACCAUUUUUGAACUCUUUAACAGCUCAUCUAAUGCCAGAAUUACCAAGAAUAUUCGAAGACGAAACCGAAGAUGAACUCUCGUUCACAUCGGAAUCCAAAUCAUUCGAAGAGCCAACUUCUCAAGAAGAUCAUGCCACUACUUCAGAAGUACAACAAACCAAAGAGAAGUCUCAUCAGCAUAUUUCAUCAGAACAAAUUGAAACAAAAACUCAAGAUGAUCUAUCGAAAGAUCAAACAAUUUCUAAUAGAGAUGAAGCCAAACAAGAACAGAAAGAACAUGACGUAGUUUCGGAUAUUAAAGAAGAUCUCUUGGAUCAACAUGUACCAACAACGAAAGAAACACCAUAUUCGAUUGAUUCUUCAGUUGAUAUUGCUCAACAAAUCCUAACAACUGAUAAAAUAUCUCAAGAUCAAAACGAACAAGAAACAAUUUCUUUAGCCUCUUCCACUCCAUUGCAAUCAAGACAAAUAACAUCUGAAGAGACACAUGAGGUGACAGACGAACAAUCAAGCAAUGUUGAUUCUCUUACUGAUAUUGUUCGGCAAGCAAACACUCAACCUUCGAACGAAGAGAAAGAUAAAUUACCAUCUGUCGAUGCUGGUGCUGACCGUACGCAACCUGUUAGCACAUCUGAGGAGACACAGCAGGAAUUAGGUUCCAGUAUCUCAUCUAUUGCUAAUGAAACUGGUGAAAGAAGAACAUCUAUCGAUCGUCAAGAACGAUCACUUAAACUGCAAUCAUCAAAAGUAUCUGAUGAACAAUUACCAUCAGAUUCUCUCAUCGAUAUUGUUCGUCAGAUUCGUACAAUACCCCAAAUCACUCGUCUUCCAUUUACCGAUACGAAAUUAGCAACGACUGAUCUUACUGAAUACGAAAUUGAAAAACCGUCCGUUGAUUAUCAUAUCGAUAUUAUAGAAACAAACGAAAGCAUUCCACAUGAACCGGUGACAAUAACUGAAGAACGUCUAUUAUCUACAGCAGAUAAACAAGCUUCUGUCACAGAGACUCUAUCUGAAUCAACUUCUCAAGAUACGGUGCAAGAAACUCAAACUGAACGUCUUUCAUUUGAAUCUGAACCUACCAAAGGUGAAGAACAUUCUACGCCACCGUUGGCUACGCAAAUCAAUUUAAGCGAUUCAAUAACAGAAACUCCUGUGUUUACAGAAAAACAACCAUUGAAUGAAUCAUUUGAUAAAAGUGUUGAUGAAAACAUUGACAAACAACAAGUAUUGCCCGGUCAACAAUCUACGCACAGUUCUGAUCUUUCAAUAACAGAAAAACAUGUUACUGAUGAAUUCGUCACAGACGCUAUUCCAAUUAGUACACAGUUCGUGGAACAAACAACACAUGACAUUCGUCGAUCAUCGGUUCAAAAACAAAACAAAGAGGAUGUAGCUGAACAAUUGUCAGCUAAUGCUAUUACUGGAGCCAUUGAAGAUAUUCAUACUACUCCAUCGCCGGUUCCACGAUCAGAAGAUAAAAUCAGGCCCGAUUUGUCCACGUCAACGACCGUACUAGAAGAAAAACCAUUAGAAAAGCCCAGUGAAGUUGAAGUAAUUGCAGAUAAUGAAAGCCAAUCAAAAACACAAAUAACAUCUGAUUUACAAACGCCAGCAAUAGAAGAUAUUGACACGGAAAAAGUACAAAUUAUCGAGUCAACAACUUCCCCAUCGAUUACUGACGUUCAACCUAAACAUGAAGAGACUGUCGCUGACCAAUUAUCAUCAGAAGCUUUGGCUGAUGUUGUUCGUCAAAUUCAUGCAACAUCACUUGCUACUCAACGUACGGUGACGCAAACCAGUGAGACAACACACGAGGAUUACGUACCAUCUGCCGAUUUAACUGUACCAACGAAUGAAAAAGAACUUACAUUGACUACAUCCGAAAUCGCACAGAAUGACAUUGAGUCUGCUGAAAAACCAUUGUAUCAUGACAAAGGAAGCGAAAAUGAAGCUGAUCGUCUCUCAUCUAAUGCCUUAGUUGACGUAGAAUGUGAAAUUCUCGCUACAUCUCCAGCAUCCGAACAACGAGUAAUCGAAGAUCAACGUUUAUCAACGGAAGCAUUGACAACAGUUGUUCAUGAACUUCUUAGUAUGCCAACAAUCAGCCAACGUUCUUCAAUCGAACACAAAGUCGAAAAGAUAUUUUCUCAAGACGAAUCAACUAAGUCAAAUAUCCCGUCGAAAGACACUCUUGAACUCCAAUCCACUCCAGAACAACAGACUAUAUCAAAUAAAGAUACGUCUCCCACUGGUCAACAUGAGCUCGAACAAAAUUUGACGGAUGUAUCCAAAGAUGUUGAUAUUAGUGCAACAUCGCCAUCUUAUCAAACACCGACACAAGAAACAAGACGCAAACAAGUGACCGAAGAAGUCAUAACAGAUACAACCGCUCAUGUAAUUGAAACUAGCAAAGACAUUAGUGAACAAGAAUCCGCUCCAGAAAUUAUUGCUGAAAAUCUAUCGACGAAAGCACUAACUGAAGUUGUUCGUGAGAUGCUCACUAAACCAUCAGAUGUUCGUGUACCAGAAGCGAAAGGACAAUCCCAGAUUAACACAGAGCAAGCACCGUCAAGUGAAGACCAGCAACAACAACAACAAUCAGAAAAAGUAUCUGAUGAAGUUGAACGAUUAACAUCCGCAGCUCUAAUUGGUGCUGUUGAAGAAAUACGUUCAACCAUACAAGACGAAACACACGAGUCUGAUACAACAACUGAAGCGGGUCGUGUUCUUGCUGAUGAACAAACCGAACAGAAAGGAGCUGAUCACCUACCUACACAGGCAUUAACUGAUGUCGUACAAGGAAUACUUGCCACACCAGCCUCUGCUAAUGUGCCAUCAGAAGUUGAAAAAGUACGAUCAAGUGAUCAAUUGACAGAAGCUGCAGCAGAAAAUGUAACAACGGAUGUGCUAACUGAAGUUGUGCGUGAAAUGCUGGUCAGUCCACUUUCUGUCCGUACAUCAUCUAUUGCAAAAGAAACAACCAUCGAUGAAGAGAAACCUAGUGAAGAAGUAAUGAAUAAAUCUCCAACAGCAACGACAUCAGCUGUACCAAUAGAACCAGAAGUAACUGUUUUCGAAGAAAUAAAACAAUUGCCAGAGACUGCUGAGGAAAUUCGUUCCAGCAAAGAUGAGCAAACACAAAAGCCUGAUACGAUCACAACUAUCACUGAAACAACAACUACAACUACUACUGAAGAUAGUCGUCCACUUUCUGAUGAGAAGAUCGACCAUCGACCUAUACAGAUAUUGGCCGCGACUGUGAAAGAAACACAUGUCACACCUGCCUCUAUUGACGUACCAUCACAAGAAACUAUAGUAGAGAAGAAAGCUCAAUUUAGCGAAGACGUCGAAAUGUCAUCGUCACAGACAGUCACUUCCAUUGCAGAAGAAGAAAAAUCGCCAUCAGAUGAUCACCUGACAGAAACUGCAGCAGGAAAUGUAGCAACCGAUGCGUUAACAGAAGUUGUCCAUGAAAUGCUUGCUAGCUUACCUUCUCCUCGUUCAGCGUCAGAUGUUCCUGUAUCAGAAGUGGCUACCGUUAUCGAAGAAGUAAAACAACCCUUCACCGAACCAUCACAGACAACUAUUGAACUUGUCACGUCAAGUGAAAUUUCAUCAGAAGCACCGAUCAAUAUUAUUGAAGAGAAUCGCUCAUUUCCAGACGUUACCAUCAAUCAAAUCGAACCUGAUCGUUCAGCUGGAGAAGCGCUAACCGCAUCGGUUGAAAAGGAACUCACUACGCCGACAGUUGUUGACUUACCAUCACAAGAGACUACAGCAGAUAGGAAAAUUGAAGCUGGCGAAGUAGUCGAGACACCUUCAUCAAGUGAUCAGUCGAUGGAAAUAGCAGCAGAAAAUGUGUCAACAAAAGUACUAACUGAAGUUGUUCAUGAAAUUCUGGAAAGUUCACCAUCUAGUUCUUUGACAUCUGCUGCAAGAGAGACAUUCACUGAAGAUCAGAAACCAGUUGAAGAAUCGGCAUCGAGUGAAGGUCUUACCGAAAUCGUUCGUGAGGUACUCACGAAACCAUCGGAUAUUCGUACACCAAAGGAGACUAUUGUCAACGAAGAAGCGGAACGAUUAACAUCAGAAGCGUUGACGGACGCUGUUGAAGAAGUUCGCUCGAGCACAGAAGUACCGACACAAAAAUCUGAUACAAUCACGGUUAUUACUGAAACAGCGACACCAUCCGAAGAGACCCGUCUAUCUACCAACGAAAGAAUUAAUGAACAAGAGACGGAUCGUUCAACUGGCCAAAUACAAACUGACGCGAUCCAAGAGGCUGUUGCAAUACCGAAAACUACAGAUUUUCCAUCAGAAGAUACUGUAGUCCAGACAGAAAGUGUAGUCGCCGCCGAAGAAAAACCGCCAUCGGCACAGGCAAUCAUAGAUACCGCGGAAGAUCAUCAGUUAUUGUCAAAUGAUCAAACAAAAGAGCUUGAACCUGAAAUCUUACCAUCAGAAGCAUUAACAGAAGUAGUACAUCAAAUGCUUGCUACACCACUUUCAAUACCCCUAUUAUCCACAGCAGUCGAACAUCAAACAUCAGUUGAAGAGAUAUUAGAGAAAGCCACUAACGAAAUCGUAACCUCUCCGGCUAUUGUGAGGACACCAGAGACUUCUACAUUAGCGUCGAUCGCUUCACCAGAAGAAUUGACAACUGCUAAGGAAAUAAAACACGAUGAAACCAUAUCUGAUGUUGAAAAAACUGAAGAAGUUGAAGCGGAACGACUAUUAUCGACAGCUUUAUCUGAAGCUAUUGAAGAAAUACGUCUAGCCACCGAAGAAUCAAAAAUAAAACCCGAAACGAUCACAAUUACCACUGAAACAACGGCAACUACUACGACUGAAGAGAGUGGCCCGCUUGCCGGUGAGCAAGUCGUACAGAACGAAAAGGAUCAUUCAUCUACACAAGCAUUAACCAACGUCGUAGAAGAAAUACUUGCCACAUCAUCUUCUGCAGAAGUAGUCACUUCUGCUACAGCAGGUGAAAAAUCAGUUGAUGAAAUACUAGAAAAGCGUACGGAAGAAACGGCAUCCACAGAAGCUCUUACCAGUAUAGUUCGUGAUGCGCUCACGAAGCCGGUGAGCGCUUCUCUACAGCCAUCCUUUGUACCCGCAGAACAAGAAACAACAAUCAUCGAAGAAGUUAAAUUAUCAGCUAUCGAACCAUCUCACUCCACCGUUGAACGAACAACGUCGAGCGAAGAACAACAAGAACGACAACCUGAAACAGCAGUAAUAACAGGAAAGACAUUUGAUGAAUACAAAGCUCAAGAAGUCGAAGCCGAACGGCUAUCAUCAGAGGCAUUAACUGAUGUUGUCAAAGAAAUUCGUUCUAUCGCUGAACAAAAACCUCGAGCACCUGUCGCCAUCGGGAAAACAACUACAACAACAUCCGCAAAGAGUGUUCCACUGCCAUCUGAGACAAUCAGCCAGAAAGCUGAUCGAUUGACCACAGACGCAAUAAGCGAUGCUGUGCAAGAGGUUGCUGAUCUUUCAUCAGCAGAUUCCACAACAGAGAAAGCAACGGUAGUUAUUGAAGAAAUGGAAAUAAGGUCACCUCAAACGAUCACUUCCAGUACAGAAGACCAACAACCAUUAUCAGAUAAUCUUGUAAAAGAAGUCGAACAUGAAGCUCCGUCAACAACAGUUCUCACUGAGGUUCUUCGUGAAAUACUUGCCAGUCCACCUUCGACGUCUAAGCCAUCGAUUACUCUAGAGCCAACUGUUCAAGAUGAAAAACCAGCAGAAGAAGUACCCAAAAAACAUACAGAAACAACAACAUCUACUGAUACUCUCACAGAUUUAGUCCAUGAUGCACUCCAAAACACGUCAGAUUCUCUUCUUUCAGCAUCGACUACUACAACAGAACAGCAGAUUAUUGUCACCGAAGAGAGAAGACAGUCAUCCACCGAACCAUCACAGACAACUAUUGAACUUGUCACGUCAAGUGAAAUUCCAUCACAACCACCGAUCGAUGUUGUUGAACAGAAUCGCUCAUUUUCAGACGAUACCAUCAAUCAAAUCGAACCUGAUCGUUCAGCUGGAGAAGCGCUAACCGAAUCUGUUGAAAAGGAACUCACUACGCCGACAGUUGUUGACUUACCAUCACAAGAGACUACAGCAGAUAGGAAAAUUGAAGCUGAUCGUGAAAUUCUGGAAAGUUCACCAUCUAGUUCUUUGACAUCUGCUGCAAGAGAGGCAUUAACUGAAGAUCAGAAACCAGUUGAAGAAUCGGCAUCCAGUGAAGGUCUUACCGAAAUCGUUCGUGAGGUACUCACGAAACCAUCGGAUAUUCGUACACCAAAGGAGACUAUUGUCAACGAAGAAGCAGAACGAUUAACAUCAGAAGCGUUGACGGAUGCCGUUGAAGAAAUUCGCUCGAGCACAGAAGUACCGACACAAAAAUCCGAUAGAACAACUGAAGAGAGCCAUGUUCUUGCUGAUGAUCAACGUACACAAGCACUAACUAGUGUCGUCCAAGAAAUACUUGCCACACCGCCGUCUGUCGCUCUGUCAUCAGAAGAUUCCACAACAGACAAGAGAAAUGAAGUUACAGAAGCAUCAUUUGCAGAAGCAGCCGCUGGUACUACAGAAGAUGAAAAAGUACCAUCAAAUGAUCAGAUGGUAAGAAGCGCAGCAGAAAAUGUUGUAACAGAAGCACUAGCUGAAGUCAUUCGGGAGAUGCGUGCUAGUUCACCUUCUACUCUUGCAACAUCUGUUCUAAAAGAGACAACCAGUGAAAAUCAAGAGCCCAUCGAAGAAAUAAGAGAGAAGACUACAACCAUUUCUGCACCAAUAUCAGCUACUUCAACAAAAGACGAAACAAGUGUGACAGAAGAAGAGAAACUACCAUUACAUACAACUGUUGAAGAGAUUAGAUCAAAUGAAGAAGUACAAGAACACUCUGAAAAGGUAUCUGACGAACUCAAAACACGAGAAGCUGAACGUUUAUCGUCGAAAGCAUUGACCAGUGCUGUUGAAGAGAUUCGUUCAACCACAGAAGAAGCAACAACAUCAAUCACCGAAGAGAGUCGUUUAUUUGCAGAUGAUAUAAUGAAAGAAAAGGAAGCUGACCGUUUGAUUGCAGAAGCAAUAACUGGUGCCGCUCAAGAGAUUCUGGCUGCUUCGCCGUCGAAUGAUUUUCCAUCGACUGAUGCUAGGACAGGAGCUGAAACGUCAUCGCCAGGAACAGCCGCUACCACCAAAGAUGAUGAACAAGCACCAUCACGUGAUCAGUUCAAUGAAAUUCAAGCGGAGAAUCUAUCAUGGGAAGCGCUAACAGGUGUAGUCAGUGAAAUACUCGCCACAUCACCUGUCGCUGUUGCUCAAAAGAUCGAUUCUACCAGUCAGAAAACAACUGCAAUAGAUGACAACAAAGUAGAAAAGGAGCCACCUGUAGAAACGUCAACGUCAACAUCAGAACAAAAACUUGAUACACAAACGGAUAAGGUUGAAUCUUUAGAGAAACAUUCAUCUACUGAAGAAACAUUGCAGAAAGAUAAACCUACCGAAAUCGAAGCUGUUCAUGAAUAUCAGGCUACAACACAGAAUGAUUCUCUUCCACUCAUUCCUGAAGCGACAGUGGACACUAGUGAAACCGAGCAUUCAAAGGAACUGCCAACAACUGAGACUCCGAUACAAAUUCGUCAGCAGAGUAAGGCGAUGACACCACCGACAGUUAUCAUUACAAGCGACGAUGACGUGGAAAUCUCAGACGCCAUCGAUGAAAUAUCUCAACCGACGGAGUUAUCGUCUAUUACCGAAAUUAGCGAAGAAACAACACCAGACGAUGUAACAAAACAAGAAGAAUUGACAGAACAAUUAAGUUCACCAGCACCAACUGAAGUUAAAGGUGAAAUACCUGCAACUCCACCUUCUGUACAUCCUCCAGCUGAUGAUGGUCAGCAAGUCGUCGAACAAUUGCCAUCAACUGUAUUAGAUGAAUCUCAUAAAGAAGAAACUCUGCCAACAGAUGCUCUUACUGAAACUGUACGUCAGAUUUUAUCAACACCUAUAUCCACUAUCGAGUCUCCGACGAUAGCAUCUGGAGAAGUAACAAAAGUUGUAGUUUCGUCUGUACCAACAACAGACACUGUAGUACCAACUGAAGUGACAUUUAUUCCUGAGUUGAAACUGGAAAAAACUCCAGAACAAGCUGAGACAGACAACAUAACAACUGAUUCCUUAGUUGAAACAGUUCGUUUGGUCUUAGCCACACCACUGACAAUACAUCUUCCAUCAACGGAUGUCAAAUCAGAAUCUACUCUAGAACUUGUCGCUACUCCUGUGAAAGAUCAAGAAGAAAAACCAUCAGUUGAUUCUCUGGUGGAGGUUACGCGUCAAGCUAUUAAUGUACCCCAACUCACUGAACUGUCUGAAGUAUCGAAGCAGCCUGACAUUUCAUCUGCUUCUGAGAACGAAUCAUCACCUUCAUCAGCUGAUGCUGCACGUCAUUUGCCAGAACAAAGUGAACCAGCGGUUGUACCGAAAGUCAUUUCGGAUGAAACAUCGGAUAAAACUGAUGUAACUGACUCGUACGCCGAGUAUUAUCCAACGUCGAGCUUAACGAAUAUUGUCAAUGCGAUACUAAAUCUUCCAAACCAAACAUCUUCCGAAUCAUCUGUUCCACACGAAGAAAACCAAAUCAUUGCCAGUUCGAAACCUGAUUUCGACGAACAAUUCAAUACUACUGAACUUACUAAUAUCAACGCUAUGACAACCAAAAUCAUCAAUAGUCCAGCACACACACCAGAACAAUCAGAUACAACUGAAGAUGUAUCCUCACAACGCGCCAGUGCCGUUCAAUCGACAUUGAUUGACGAGAUUCAAGAUAAUGCGACAGAUUCUGAAAAACUAUCAACAUUCUUCGUUCCGCAAGAAUCUACUAUCUCAGAAAAAGACUUUCGAGAACUAUACGAACAACGUCAUUUUAUUACAACUGUUGACGAAGAUCUAUCUGCUCAAUUUACUUCGAUCGAUCAACCGGAGCCUGCUCAAGUAGCUAUCUUCACCGACGAAAAGAAACCUAUUCCAACUUCAACAUUAGCCUACUAUGAAAUACAAGAACAACGUCAUACAUUGAUGUCUCCUCAGAAUUCAGUCGUCAAUGAAACCAAUGAAACAACGGCUCCAAUGUUAACAACAUGGACCACUGUUCAACCACGAAUCGAAUACGAAGAAACAAAAACCAACGAUAAAAAGCCAAACAUCAAUCUGGACGAUCAAGCUUACGAACUUGCUCGACGUUUUGAUUUAGAAUCACCUGCCAUUAUAUCACACUUGCCGAUCCGCGAGUAUAGACAGGUAUUCGGCAUACCUGAUGAUAUUGUAAACACGAUUGAUGAUAUGACUCACCAUGUUGAUCAAGUACUUUCAAUGGAAUCAAAAAAUCAAGAACAAAAACAAGAACGACAACCAAUUGUAACCGAUCAAAUCAAGAGCCUCCCAUCGGAAUCGAGUGAAGAUUCUGAAUUAUCCAUUGUCGAUACACAGGUGUCUGAAAAUAUCAAAAUAAUUACUGAAGCAAUACAUGCACUUGAAUCAGAAAUAAUAGAACAAGAAAACACGGCAAGAAAACAUGAACAACAACAGCAAGAACCAAGUUCAGUAUCCAGCACUGUUGAGGGUUUGAUCAAUGAAUUAGAGGAUCUCGAACCGAGCAUUCAGUCAGCAGCUCUUAUCAAUGACAAUCGGGAAACACUUGAACAUGAAUCUACCGUUUUUCCAUCGAAAGAUGAAUUAGGUGAUGAAGAUCUACUCCCAAGAACAGCUAAACAAGAACCAGCUAAUGACAAAUCACUUACAGUCGAAUCAACUUCUCAAUAUUCUGAUCUACUCGAUCAAAUCGGUGAUUUAGAAAAAUCGUUACUCGAUUUACAACCAUCUUCAUCAACUGUUGCUGAACGAGAGGAGACAACAAUCGAAACUGAUGAUAAGAAAGACGAUGAACAUCAGUUACAUCAACGAUAUGAUCUUUUAAUUGAUCAUGUUAAGCGACUGGAAGAUGCACUCAUAAAAGAUCGUGCUCAUACAAGUACACAUACUGAUGAACAAACCGAUGAUGCUACUAGCAUCGAUAAUCUAAGUCAAACAAUGGAACAAAUUCUCGCUACACCUAUUCGAACAGUAACAGGUCCACAUGAAGAACCAGUUGCUAGUUCAGAUCUUGAAGAUGUUCUUGAGCAAAUACUAGCAACAACACAUUAUCCAACGUCGUAUCCAAAAUUAAGUCAGCCAACAGAUACAACUGUACCAGUAGCUAAACAAAACGAUGUGCCCAAGAGUGAACCUCUGGAUGAAGAUAUCGUACCAAUUGACACACGCAAAGACGAGGUUGCAGUAUCUGAAAUAGAAGAAACAGUGGCGAGUACAACAACACAACCGGCUACUGUUGAUGAGAAAGAAACAGCUCUGGUCGUAACACCAGCGGAAGAAAAUAGGUCAAUUGAAACUGUCGACGAGAAACAAGCAGUUACAUCCUUAGUACCCAAUUUUUUUACUAGCAGCGAUGUAUAUCACGCAUAUAAACAAUCAAUAAAUGUGAUUGUACCACAACAAGAUGAAUCAACUCUUUUGGAAAAAGCAACAACGAUCGUCAAUAACAUUAUCUCCAAUGUCGCUAGUAUAUUACCAACUGAAGCUGAGCAACCGAGUAUUUCCGCUGAGAGUCAAGCUACUUCAAUGGUUACAGAUGAUGAAAAUGGUGCUGAAGGAGAACUAUCAUCAGAAGGCUUGAUCGAAAUUAUGAAAAAUCUCUUACCCAACAGCCUUCGACCGUUUGAAUCUGACCAGAUCACCUCUGAAGAACCAAGUGCACCAUAUGAAGAUGAUCAAGAUAGUCUGCCACCUUCAGUAAUAGGGACGACAGUACAAAGCAUUUCCGAAGGAGACAAUCUGACAAGAAUCAAUCAGAGUACAGUAGAAGCAUCGUUAAAAGAAGAACUAUCAAUUCCAGUCCCUGAGUAUUUCACUAGCAAUGAUGUUUACCAUGGUUACAAACAGCCACUAGUACGAUCCAUUGAAGAAAAACAUACGGCAUCUCUUACUGAAAGAGUGACAUCAAUGGUUGCCGAGAUUUUGUCGAGCGCAGUUCAUGUUUUACCUACAUUGGAAUCUUUGGAAGAGCCAAUUAUCUCAAAUAGCAACGAACCGACAGUUUUACUAGCUACGAUGGAAGAAGCUAGCAAUCAAAUCCUAAGUUUAGAACAAGAUGCAACAGUAACACAUGCUGCCGAACAGAAAGCGCCUAUCGCAAGUUAUGCACCUGGCUAUUUCACCAGUAGUGAUGUUUAUCACGCAUACAAACAGCCGACUGAAGCGAUUGUGGCAGAGAAAGAAGCACCAUCUAACAGCGUGUCUGAAGUAUUGCCCACGGCAGCGCCUCAUGAAUCAGCUUCAACUAUUACUGAAGAACAUUUUACAACUUCGGGUUUGAUGGAAAUCAUUAAGGAUCUUUUACCAACGAAGUUCCAAGCAAAUAAAACCGAACUCAAUCAUUCUGAAGAUCUAAAUUCAUUAACAGAAGAUGACGGAGACAGUAUGUCAUCGUCGAUGACAGGAACGACCGUAAGAACUUUAUCGGACGAGGAUCUAACGAGAAUGACUCAAUCAUCAAUGGACACAUCAUCGAAAGACGAAACAUUAACACCAGUACUCGAUAGUCUUGGCGAUAGCGAUAUUCGCCGACCAGCUGAACAACAAUUCGAAUCCAGAGUUGAAACGCCAGAUUCUCUAGAGCUAAGCGAUAGAAAAACACCGAUUGAUGUCAGUGUAACAUCAAGUACACUGGACGAAAUAUCGACGUCUAUGGAUACUAGUCUGACAGAGCAACAGAGUGAGCAAUCACGAGUCACUACAACUGAGUCAACAAUUAUGGAAGAUCGAGAAUUACCAUCAACUUCAGAUGAUAGUGAAGCUGUUCUUUUGAAACCCACCGAAGAAAAUAUGAACGAACCAGCGUCAACAACAGGACUUUUAGAAAUAAUGACGAGUUUUCUACCUGUAGCGAAGUCAGAAACCUCUGAAGAACACCUAGUAGAAAGUAAUGUACCAUCAGUUAAUCAAAUAUCAGCCGACAUCGGAGAAACUGAAAGUGGUAUUCUAUCAAAACUCACAUCUGCAGUUACUGAUGCCAUCACUACUGUUCAACAUAUUUUACCAGCAUCACUUGUUCAAAAUACUGACGCCCAAGAAGAAGCAGAUAAACUCGAAUCAACAGCACAAACAUCAGAAACUGCUCCAAACGAACAACAUAGUGUAGUUGAUUACGUAAUUGAAACGGCAUCAAACAUCAAAGAAGCACUAGCUCAUAUCAUUCCUGAGGAAACACCGAUAGAAUCGCUUCAAUCGUCAGCUGAUCUAGAUCAAAAAGUGAUUCCAACAGAGAACGAGCAAUCGACCGCUCAAUACAGAAAUGAUACUCCGGUACAAGUAGAAGAAGAUUCAGAUCAACUUCAAUCGUCUUCUGAUAUAACUUCCGUGUCAGAAGAAAUUAAACCACAUUAUCCAUACAAAGCAAGACAACCUCAAGCACUUCAAGUUCUCAGCGAUGAAUAUCCAUGGUAUGCAAGUUACUAUACCAUCGCCGAUGCAGAUGCAAAUAUGGGUCACUUGUACAAACGUUUGAGUCGUACGCUCGAACAGCUCGAACAGCGACCUCCACCAACAACCGUUCAAUUUGAACCCGAACCAUAUCAAAUCUUACCAACACCAGAAUAUGAUCGACAAGCAUUGUUAGAUACUGAAGACACACGGGAAAAAGUACAUGAGCUCGCUCAAAUGAGUAAGAAGAUUUCUCCGUCGAGUACCAUACAUGAAUCGGAUGAAGAUGACGAAGUUCAAGUUAAGCAGCGUCGUAAACAAAAGUCUGCCUCAGCCACGCAAGAAAAGACUUCGUCACCAUCGACCACGCCUAAGAAUAAAUUGAAUCUUAGCCCUGAAAACGAGCAAGCAGAUGAAUCGAUACCUGCUGUCCAAACAAUGAGUACCACCAGUAGCAAGAAGAAGAACAAGAAGUCGAAGAAAGACAAAAAAGAUGCAGCAGCAUCUGAAUCUCUUGUUCUAUCCAAACCUGAUGUCGACGAAUCAAAACCAGAGCCAACACUGUCUUCAACGAAAGUCGAACCAGCUGAGUCAGUAGAACCGAAACAAGCAACAUCCUCUGUUGCAGCUGAUUCAGUUCAAAUCGAACAGCAACAGAAAAUAUCCGAUGGACGAAGUGAAGAGCAACAAGCAGAGCCAUUAUCAUUAUCGGUUCACUUAGAUGCUGAAGAACUUAAAAUUCUCGAUGACGACAAGAACGAUUCGACGUCAUCCGAUGCUUCACAAUGGUCAACGAGUUCAUUUGUGAUGGUCUCAGAUGAUCAAAUAAUCGAUAGCCAAUCAUGUGAGAAACUGACCGAUAGUCAAACAGCAGCGACAGUGUCUUCACCAAUUUAUGAAUCAAUUAGAUCAGAAAUAACAACUAGCAGUUUACCAACGCCGAAAAAGAAGAAAGUGAAGCAACAACAACAGCAACCAUCGGAGAAAGAUAUUUCUCAGCAAACAAAAGUUUCGACAUCGCCAGUAAUUCUUGAAGCACCCAAAGUAACAGAAUCCAAACCAUCUACAUCAGCACCCUCAAAAAUAAUGCCAAUUGUUCGUACAAAGAUCGUUACACUACCAAAAGAAGAAGGAGAAAUCGACGAUGACGACGAAGGAUUCCAAGUUGUCUCUUAUCGUAAACGCGUAUCCUCAGUUACAGGACCGGAAAAAGGCUCAGGAUCCUCAUCGUCAGCACCAGCAACACCACCAGCGAAGAAACGUUUUAGUGCUGGCGCCGAUGCUCGACCAAGCACAACGUCCAGUCGUCAAAGUGCAUCUAUACCGGUGCUGACAUCGAUCCUACCGAAACAGAAGAAAGAUAAGAAGGAUUUGACACCAUCGUCAUCUGUCGAUACUGACAGUGUCUUUUCGCCAAGUAUCGAUACUCAGCGUUCUAAACAAGUCGAACAACAGAAGGAGAGCAGUGAUACAACAUCGCCAAAAUCAUUAUUUUCUUCACUAUUGACAUCAACUAGUGGUCCUUCUGUUAGCACAGAAGACAAGUCUGAACAACGUCCAAAAGUGCAAGACACAAAUUUACAAACUCAAAUUACACCAUUAUCGGUAUCGGCUAUCGAAACAUCUAAAGCUCAGACAAAACCGACUUCGCCAGCUCAUGCGAAAUCUGCUGCGAAAACAACAUUACGUACCAAAGCAUCAACUUCACCCGAAGAAGACUAUGAUGAUGAUGACGAAGGAUUUCAAGUGGUUCGUCAUCGUAAACGUUUGUUAUCAACACCAAGAUCAGCGAAAACAUUACCACCUGUACCAACAGGUCAAUCGUCAUAUCGACAAAAUCUUGGUCGUACCAUCGAUCUCAAGCCAGUUGUUAUUCGUGGACGAUAUGGAUCAGGUUCGGGAUCUGGCUCUCGUUCAGCUCCACGAUCAAAUACCAACGGCCAAACUACAUCAGAUAAACGGCAACAAAAUAAAUCGAAACGCGAUCGACCCCAGUUGUUACCACUGAGCAGUCCGCGUCCAGUAGUCUCUAAAGAAACGCAAUCUCAAUCUGUAUCUGCAAUGGAACCUAAACGAACAGCUCAGUCGACUGUGUCACUAUCUAAUGAAGAGCAUCAGCAAGCAAAUGAAAUGCCACUACAAUCAUUAAUCACGGAACAAGUGUGGAAACCAAUCGAACAGUCCCAAUGGACAGCAACUUAUACACAACAGCAACCAAAACCGAUCGAUAGUAACAGUGUUCUUCUUUCGACAAAGCCUACAACAAGCGAUGAAAAUCAAUCGGAACAAACGGCUAUUUCAACUAGUCCUUUGCUAAGCACAAUUGUUUCAACUCAAGUUGAAAAAUCAAGCGAACAAAAACCGAAUGAGCAGAAAAUUUCUAGCAAACCUGCUGCAGUGCAACAGUCUUCAGUGAAGGAAACUACUGAGACUUCCAAAGCAGUAUUGGCUGAUGAUGAAGAAGAUGAGGACGGCUUUCGAGUUGUACGCUAUCGUAAACAUCCAGCAUCAGCAACCACGACGCCGACAUUUCCAAGAUCAUUCACUCUAACCUCUGAUCCAGAGAAAAGAGCACCUAAAAUAUCAAAAAAGCAACAUUCUCUACCAUCGACACCUGCAUCUACACCGACAGUUAUCAGAUCCAUGAUAUUUAAAAGAACACCACUGAAACCAAAGAAAAGUGGUGAUCAAUCUGGUAAAUCAACAAUUCGCCAAUCCGGUGACAUUCUGUCAUCGUCUACUACCAACACCGCAGAUCUCCUACCAUUGAUGCCAGAAAGUUAUCCACGUCCAAAACCAAUUGAACCAGUUUCUUCCCUUCGUUCGACACCAGUUGCGCCAACUGGCAUCGCUACUACAAAAGAAACAAGUACCAAAGAUAAAAAGGAACCUAUGCGAAAACUACUAGAUGAUAGUGAUGAAAAGGUGCAAUCAACCACAUCGCCAAUAGUCACCAGUGCAGAUACAAGUGAUGAACAAUCGAACAAAACGAAGAAAAAACACAAACGAACAAAGAAAGAAACGGCUGAAGCGGACUUGUCUACUCCGUCCGAAGAAGUUUCUCAGCAAAUUGAGACUAUUUCAUCAGUGACAACUGCACCAGUAAUUCAUCAAUCUCAAACGACACUAACGACGAGACCAUUAAUGGAAAUCGAGCCAACCAUCGAACAAUCUAAUCAAAUCAUUACACAAACAGAUACACGACCGUUGACAUCAAUGGAUUCCAGUACAAAUGUCGACGAUGAACAAGAUAAAACUACGACAGCGAAAAAAUCUACGAAAAGACGUAAGAAAAAAGGGCAUGUUGCUGACAAGCAAGAGCAAGAAGAAAGCACAGUGCAUUCUUCCACUACAAGUGUCACCGAUAAAGAGAGUAGUAGUACAGAAGCAACAACGCCAGACAAACAGGAUUCAUUCGAACCAUCCGUUGCUGAUCGUGUAACAUCUACUGAUGACAAACAAGAACCAGUAUCGACUAAUGUUCCGAGUCCAAUGGAAACAUCACAAACCAUUGAAACAACUGAACAACAAAUAGCAACUGUUCCACCACCUUCAAUAUCGGAUAAGAUGUCAGAUACUAUCAACAGUGAUCAAUCCGAAAUACAGAAAGAAGACGAACGCUUACCAGCUGAAUCAGGUCUAUCAGAGGCUGCGAUCGAACAAUUGCAACAAGCACCUAUCUCAUCUACCGAACAAACUACAGAACAACAGUUGACCACUGACGAAGAAACUACUAUCGAGAAAUCGACUACUCUGCCUACAAAGAAUGAUACAGAAACGGAAACAGAACAAUCAACAAAAUUAAUUGAAAGUAGUGGAACUGGUGAUGAAACAUACUUAGAUGCGUAUCGUGAUCAAACCGGUCGCCUUCGUCGAAAGAAGCCACGAAAGCAUGUCCGCAGUAGUAGUAGUAAACAAGAAGACGUUCUUUCUACUCCUCAACUGCCGCCAUCCGAAGAGUCUACACUUGACCCAAAAAUUAUCAGUGAUCAUUGGGCUGAUGUCCUGGCAACGCCCAUCUCGUCCGUUGAUGAUGAACUAAAGCUAACAUCUGAAUCGAUCGAAGGCGAUCAACAGUAUGAGGACGAAGAUUUGAGUAAAGCAAGUAGCAAACUAGACUCGUUCUUACCCGAAUACAUUCGUCAACAAAUCAGAUCAGGUUCGUCACCUCGGUCAGCGUCAUUUAUCGAACAUCGCUCCAAAUCAUCCUCUGUAGAACCAAGAACAACGAGCACUAUUCAAUCAAGCAUAACCGAACGCAUUUUACAACAAGGAUCAUCUAAUCAAUCGACCAGUGCUGAUACAUCUGAAAACGAAGGUCAAAAGCAAAUACAUAGAUCUUUCGAUGACAAAUCUUAUUCAGUCGGUGAAUCACAAUUGAUAUCAUCGCUGAAUUUGACAGAAAGUAAUACAUCAUUGAAUUCAUCAUCUUCAUCACCAUCUGACUCGAUUCGAAAGAAAAAACAACGACCGAAAAUGUUGAAGAAAGAUGUCGAAGCCAAGACACUACUAACGCAUGAAUUCGAUGAUAGUCCACUUAACAUCACAGAAAUUCGACAAGCUUUACCGGUGACACAGCUCGAAGAUGAUGAAAAUAGACAUCAAUCAUUUCUAACUUCAGUACGUGAUCAAUUCGAUUCUGCUGUCUCAACAAUUUCCAACACGUACAGUACUGCUCUAUUCUUACCAAAAGAAACAGCAGCCGAUGAAGAGCAAGGAGCCAUCCUCAGCAACGAGCAAGUACCAUCGAUUUCAGAUUCAAGCAAUAUUCCAUCAAAGCCAUCCUCUGAAACAACAAUAUUGACAGCAACAACAAAGAAAUCUUCUACACGCUCACCACGAAAACGUUCCAAACGCGACAGUGGUCCUGACUAUGAAAAUUUAACUCUACAAUCAUCUAUCGAUUCCGAUCAUUCAGCAUCAAGUGUGAAAGGUGUUUCAACGUCUAGUGACAAAGAUCAACCAGAUUUGAUUCGAAUCGAAAGUCAAAAACAACAUUCACGACAACGCACAUCAUCCGGCAGACAUAUUUCCAAUACGGAAGAUGACAAUGAACAGCAAGCUGUUCUAGCCGAUGAUGAAGAAGAGAAGCAGCCUGUCUAUAGAUCACGAAAAUCAUCGACAAGAACAUCAGAAAACCGCACGGAAUCUGAAUCUUUACUAUCCUCUACUCAUGACAUACCAGAUGUUACGAGCACAGAAAAUUUGGCAGUAGAUGAACAACCGACUACAACAACAACGAAUGAGCAACUACGUGUUGUACAAGGUUUCCACUCGUACACACCAAAUAAAUAUCAAUACAAUCAGUAUGAAGAAGGAUCAGCCGUUCAGAAUGAACAAUUGAAACCUUCAACAGUUGAAACUGAAAGUGAAGAUACCAUUCUUUCACGUGGUUUCGGUCGUUGGCUACAGCAAAGUAAUGAAAUCAAAACAACAAGUCCGUCAACAUCUGAAAAACAAGAGUCACCCAUCCUGGGCAGUGGAUUAACACGUGCUAUGCAAAGUCUUAUCAUACAGCCAGUUGAAAGUGAUCUCGAUGACGAUGAGGAAGAAGACGAUUCAUGGAAUGGACCACGAGCAAAGAAACCAACAUACACAACUGGUGUUCGAAUCGAAAAACGCAUUCACUCAGCAAGUGGUUACAAUAUCAAUCAUCCACGCUCAGCUACAUUACCACCAGCAUGGCUAAUGUCUUCAUCGAAUGAUAAUACAUAUCAAGACGAUCAAUCAAAAUUUGAUCCGGACGAGGAAGACGAUUCACUAGAUGACACAUCUGACAAGCCAGCAACAUCGAAAACAAUCGAAACACAAUUCUCAACACAAGAUGAACGAAAAGCACAUUUGAAUAAUUUAGCUGAUCUAUCUUUUCAACCGGUCAUAAACAGCCUGUCAUCAUCAUCAUCAUCACCACUAUCAUCAUCAGCAGCAGCUAAAUGGAAUGAACCAUCAAUACGUUCUGAUGAUACCAAUCAACAACAAACUAGCUUCACCGAUGAUGAUGUACAACGUUGUUUAGGUGAAGAUUUCUAUCGAGAAUCUCUAGCUGUAAAUACACUUCAGAAUGAACGACGAUUAAUCAACGUUCUCGAAGAUCUUGUUGUCAAACCAACCGAAGUGCUAGAAGAUAUCGAUGACGAAGAAAACAACAGCGCAGAUGACAACAAUAACAGUAAUACUCAACAAAAUCGAAAUAAUAAUAAUAACAACAAUCGUCCAACUCAUUUCGAUGAAUGGGCACAUUUUCUCGAACGUCAAACUAGCCCAAAUAUGUUUCUACCAUCUGCAUCAGCUUCGUCACAAGCCAUGCAAGAUCUUUCAUCAACACAAGAGAGUUCCUAUGCUCGCGUAUUAGACGAGGAUACACUUGUCUCAGAUAAAGAUCGAACAAGCAUCAUGGAACACGUUCAAUACUCAUUCGAAAGCGAUCAACAACGCUACGGCGAUUUCUCACCUAUCAGCGAAAUGUCCAGUGUACCACCACCACCAACUAUUGAUCAUACAAUAUCGUCAACAGUCGAACGAGAACAAGAACUUUUAUCACAACAAAAACCUUCGGAAACCUUUCUCCGAUGGCGUAGUCAAGUAAGUCAACAACCUGACGUCCUUCAUUCAAAUUCAUCAAAUCUAACUUCAACGGAUGCUACCAAUGACGAUGAAAUAUUUAUCUCUCACUCAGACCAUGGUCUUAGUCGGCGAGUGAGCCCUUCGACAUAA